AUGCGCCCCAUUUAUACCCUUGUUCCAGUGGUUGCCGCUAUUCGCGCGGCUGCCUCGCAACCCUCCGAUUCGUGGGUCUUUGGAAACAGCUUUUUCUAUCUUGGACCUCCUUCGGGUAACGCGCGUAUUACCAAGGCCACAUAUUCUAUUCUGCCUCCUUCGGUCCCGACGAAUACAACAGUGUCCAACAAGAAUGACGAAGUCUGGGUCUCCGUCUGGGUUGGCGCCUCGUCAACCGCAGGAGACGAAAAUGCCAACCUGUACCAGCCGCUAUUCAACUGGUCUCCUAAUCAAGAGUCACAGGGUUGCUCUGCCAGUGCGGACGAAUGGUGUGUAGCCGCAAGCACCUACACUCCAGAUCUUCAAAUUGGACAGGAAUAUGUGACUGUCCCUCAAAACACUACUGUUGAAUUCGAGAUUGCCGUCGUGAACGGGAAGGUGGUCCAGACUGUCACUAUGGAAGAUAAGGUUAUCUCAAAGCAGAGCAACACUCUCGAUGCCUCCCUCCAAUACCUCUACUCCAGCAACGAAUGUUAUACUGGAUCUGGAGGCUGUGGUACACUCGCUGGUUACUCUAUCACCAACCUUACAGUUACCCUGAGCGAGGCCGACACAAACUUUGCCAGUGUCAUGAGGCUCAAUAAGGUUACUGAGUCUACCUUCAAGUCCACUGAUGGCGGUAUCACCUGGCAUACCGACAAGAUUACAGUCUCAAGCAUUGACUUUGACUUUUCUUCUGAUACUGAAGUCUCCUCAUACUAA